CUGUGAUUUACUACAUGAGUCAUUCCUAUUUUUAGGACGGUGGUUAAAUUCUGUGAAAAUUUAUAUUAAGGUAUGACUGCUCACUGCCGGAACUGUUUCCGAGUAGUUCAGUACACCUAGAAGAGCCCUGUAACUUCAGAUGCAUUGCAUGUGGAUAUCAAUGUACGUAUGGAUUAUUUAUGAGGAAAAACUCAUCGGUGAUGGUGAAUUAAGACGUGGAAUAUCGGAGGUCAUUAAUAGAAAAAAUAACAUAACAAGACUGCAUCAGCUGAAAGCGUCGAGACGUACACUCGAGGACAAGCCGCAUGUUUAGUUUUCAUUAACAACUUACAGAAUAAACCGCUCGUUUAGUUUUCAUUAACAACUUACAGAAUAAACCGCUCGUUUAGUUUCCAUUAACAACUUACAGGACAGACCGCUCGUUCAGUUUCCAUGACGCCGUCCUGGGGUUCUUGAUUUACUGACCAAAUGGUGCACGGAUAAACUAGAAGUUAUAAUGAUGACAAUUCUUAAAGGAGACCUGAAUCAAUCGGAAAACGUCUCAAUGGAAGCAAGUAAUUAGCCGUGUCACAGCUGUGUCGCAUGUUCCAUCUUUAGCCAUUGUUCGACGCGUUUUGUGUUCGUCACCCGGACAUCUUAGGAAGACCGUCUGCUGCUCAGUGUGACGUCACAAACCUGAUCUGUGUGAUUUCUGUGUGAAGCAUGAGAUCCUACCGACUGACGAUCACAAACCUGAUCUGUGUGAUUUCUGUUUUCACUUUUGUUACUCAAAUCUUUAUUCUCAUCCAUGGCCAUUCUUAUGGCGUUUCGGAAUGCUCGGGACAAGCAGAAAAUGUCAGAGAUCUCGGUUAUCAGCCACGCGUUUCAUAUCGAGACUUUCUUGAUACGCCGUCCUCGGAUCUGACGAAACUUCCUUCCGGCUGGAGACAGGAAGCUACCAUAUUUAAUAAGUUCCCAGAACAGAAGCGUUUCUUGACGAUAGGAAUCCCUACAGUGAGAAGAGUCGGCGAUGAGUAUAUAAUGAACACGAUCAAGUCAAUCGUGAACUUCACAAAGCCUGGGGAGUUGAAGGAAAUUUACAUUGUGAUUUUUCUGGCAGAUUUUAAUGAAACUUGGUGUAAGGACAUUAGCAAGAGGAUUAAUGAAUCUUAUUGGAGUCUUCUCCACUCCGGGACUCUUGUCGUGAUCCGCGCCUGGGAAACGUUUUAUCCUGCGUUAGACAAUCUGAAACACACGUACAAUGAUAAUUACGAUAAACGGAAAUGGCGAUCUAAACAAAACGUGGACUAUUCUUUUAUAUUCCUGUACAGUGAGAACUUGUCCACAUAUUACAUUCAAAUGGAGGACGAUAUUUUCACUGUGCCAGGAUAUUUACAGGUGAUUAAAGAUUAUAUUUCAGAAUUUAAAACUCCGUGGACGUGUUUAGAGUUUUCAGAACUUGGAUUUAUUGGGAAAUUAUAUCAUGCCUACGACCUGGGAAAAUUGGCCAGAAUGGUGUUGCUAUUCUACGAAGAACAGCCGUGUGACUUUACAUACAUGUACUUUAAUAUUCAAAUGCUACAAUUUAAUAGAUUAAUCCGCCGGCCGACAAUAUUCCAGCAUAUAGGCGUCCGUUCAUCUCUUCCAGGCAAAAUCCAGCCACUAAAAGACAGGUAUUUUGACAAUUUAGACAAAAUAUACAAGGGGGACAAUCCUCCCGGGAAAAUAUACACCAGCAUGGCGGUGGAGCCUUCUUUUACGCCGGAAAUGGCGUACAGCUGGGAGCCGGGCUAUUUCUGGAGUAAGGGGAAUGGACGCGCCAGUGACUGGUUCACAUUGGUUUUCGAUGAGCCCCAGAAAGUUGACAGCAUCGUCAUAGACACAGGGUCACGUGAACACCCAGAAGACAAAAUAGAGCGCGGGAAAUUACAAGUUAGUUUGAGUUUAAUAGGUGUGUCUUCCUUUCAACCCAAAUGUACGAACGAUAUUUUCCUGGGAUAUUUUGAAGAUGGAGAUAUUAAAGUGCACAAUCUAACAUCAACUUUAGGACCAUUCAGAAUUCAUUGUAUGAGCAUUAUUCUCACGGAAAACCAGAACUGGUGGAUAAUUAUCAAAGAAAUUGCGAUAUUUGUUGCGACAUGAAUUAUAUUAUAUAGGCAAAAUAAAAACAAAUUUGUACGUCAA